AAAUAGAAAAUAAUGAAUACAUUUUUGUGCAAGCUUGCGAUCAGGACAUCCACGAAGGUCAUCGACAAAGUGAAAAAAAUAAAGUGCCGGGAGUGCAGAUUAAAAGCUAGAAACACUCGUUUGUCUUGUUUUUAAAUAUUUUUUCGUUUUUUAAAUAACUGUGCGCACAUGUAUUAAAACCAUUUACAUACACAGACUUUGAUCAAUCUUUUACGUGUGUGUGUAUGUGUGUAUUGCCCCUCAGGCCCCCGCCGAAAAUAAUUUAAAGUGGCAAGUGAAAAAUUAAGAUUCUCGUAAAUUCUCCCGAUUUAGAGUGACUAAAUUAUUGGCUUUAUCCAUUUUCUCAUAUUAACUUCUGCCUUUCCCGAAAUCAACAAAAAUCAAAAAUGCUGCGAAGGCCUAUAACGCCCGGUAGUCGUCAGGCGCCCGAUCCUUAUGAUCAAUUCCUAGAGAGUCGCGCAAUGUACCGAAAGCAUACGGCCAGGGAUGCAUCAUGUCUGUUUCGCGUGAUUGCCGAGCAAAUGUACGACACUCAGAUGCUGCACUUUGAAGUCCGUUUGGAGUGUGUGCGAUUCAUGACGCGAAUGCGUCGCAAAUUUGAGCAGCAUGUACGCGGUGAUUUUGAUGCUUAUAUGCUGGACAUGGCCAAACCAAAGACCUAUGGAACAAUGCUCGAAUUGCGCGCCCUUUGCUGCAUGUAUCGUCGAAAUGUUAUCCUAUUUGAGCCAUUCAAUAUGGGCACUAAAGUCACCUAUAACGAACAUUAUCACCACGAUUUUCUCGUGUUCUACACGAACGAGUUUCACUUCGACUCUGUCUACACAGAGGAAAACCUUCAGAUGGCUGCGAUUUGUCAGUCAAUUUGUUUCAAGCUGCUGUAUAAGAUGCUCUUUAAGCUGCCUGAUGUCAAUUUUGCUGUGGAGAGCAUGUUGCAUCCGCAGUCAUUCAAUUGGAAUAGCUACAGUGUGGAGCUGGAUGCAAGAGGCUAUAUCUCGCGUGUGGUUUGCGCCGAUGGACGCAGCUUUCAGCUGGACCUGCCGGAAGAUACCAUUUGCAUACUGGAGAACUCCAAGUUGUGUAACUUUCACAAUAAUGCCGAGCUGGCCAUGAAUACAGCGGAUGAGACCAGCAAUAGCAGGCGCUUGGAUACAUCAAUGGUCAAUAGCACUGAUAUGCUCCACAUGUGUCCUAGUUCCAUGAACUCUUGUGUACGCCAAUUGCUGCAGGAAGGCAUUACACCGUUUCCGUAUAAGGUGGCCAAGUCGCUGGAUGCUUAUAUGUAUCGCAAUAUCGAGUUUGAUAGCUGGAACGAUAUACGCAAGGAAGCCAAACGCUAUAACAUUUACGUUAAUGAUUACAAUUUCAAGGUGGGCGCCAAGUGCCGCGUGGAGCUGCAGAUAGAUUCCGAGUGUGAAAUGUACACGUGCCACAUUCAAAAGAUUGGCAUUGACAAGUCUUACUAUAUUGUCUUUGUCGAGCCAUUUGGAAAGAAAUUUUUGGUGCCAUAUGAGGCAUUGCAUCCGGUGCCGCCGGAUGAGUUCCGUCCCUGGUCGCUGCCGUUUGGUUAUCAACGGCAAUUGGAGCGCGUUCAUCUGACCAAGCUGAUGACCAAAACGAAGUCAGCGCACAAGUAUAAGAUGGCCAAGCUCUUUGAGAUGAGCAACUGCUUUGAUGCAGGCAAAUGUGAAGGCAUGCAAUACAUGCAACUGGAUGCUUGCUUUGGAUAUCCGUCGCACCAUCAGCAGCUGUCAGCGCCGCUGGAGGCGGUCGAGGAGCACCAACACCGCGAGCGAGAGCGAGAGCAACGUUUUCAGUCACGCGGCAAGCAGCCACGCGGCAAACUGCCACCGCCACCGUCGUCACGUUUGCAGCAAUCGCAACAGGAGCAACAACUGCCAGCCGGACAGACGCCACUUGCAGCGCCUGGAGCGCCAUAUGUGAAUUAUAUGCCCAUGGGGGGACAUCGUCGAUUAAGUCAUGUGCCGUGGGCAAGUCCGCAUGAAGAGUAUGCAGCUGGUGGCGUCUAUUCGUCAAUGCAGGCAAAUAAUUGCAUGUUUAUGCAUUUUGGCGGCUAUUCACCAAAUGCAGCUGUGUCGCCGUCAUCAUUGCCGACACCGCCGCCUCCUUAUGCGCCAUCAUCGCCGCCUUAUUUGUUUGGGCCACAGCCAGCAAUGCUGCCGCAGUCGGUGUUGCUGUCUCCAAUUGCCAAUCGCAGCGGCACCAGCAACACAGCAACAGCAACAACUGGAGCUGGUGGUGGAGGAGGCGCAGUGCCUUUGGCCACUACCACCACUUCGAAACAUCCAAACGGCGAGGAGCAGCAGUCGGAUGUGCGUCGCUUGUUGCAUGCCAACGGUGAGGAUUUGCCAGCUGAUUUGAGCACGUUGCGCUACUUUUACAACAUUGGCGUCAACACGCAUCUCGGCUAUCUUAAUGGCAACGCUCCGAAUCAACACAACAACACGGACCAACAACAGAAGCGUCGCAACGAUGAGGCCGCUGCAUUGAUGGCAAACACUUCGACUCCGCCGCCGACGCCAGAUGCGAAUGCGACGGUGACAGGCAUCAAGACGACAGGCACAUCAUCAUCGGCAUUCUCCAGCACUGAGGUGGUUGACAAGACACCACGCAACGGCAGUCGUGGCCCCAAACGUGCCAUAUUCAACAAAGGACGCGGCAAGCGGCCGGAGCAAUUGUAUGGCCUUAACAAGGACAAUCAGCUGGGUGCUGGACAUCAUAAAGUAUUGCUGCCGACGCCGACGCCAACGCCAUCGCCCAACACUAAUGGCAAUCAGUUUAACUUUUAUCCACUCGCACAGGCGCCAUUGCCGCCGGCUCAUCAGUCCAUGUCGCUGCGUCCGCCGAUGUUCUUUGCUGCCCCCAAAGCAGGGCAGAAUUCAUAUGGUUGGGGCCUGCCACAGCCUCCCAAUAUGAUGGGUAUGCCAUUCGAGAUGGCGGCUAACAUGGAUUCCAAAGCACAGAAGUUGCAGCAGCAACAGCAGCACCAGACUCAGGCAGGUGGCUACAAUACAACAGCACGUCAUUAAGCGCACAUGCCGCAUGUUGCACGCAACAUACUAUUAUUUAGUUAUAAUUUAACAAAUUUCCAAUUGCAUAUACUACACUCACAAUUUAUCGACUUUUUAAAAUCGCUCGCUUAAUUAUUUACCGUUUUAAUUUUGUAUUACAUAUAUAUAAUAUAUAUAUACAUAUAUAUCUUACAAAACUCUCACGCAAACAUCAAUCACAUAUAUCUAUCUAUGUAUUAUAUAUUUUAAUCCAAAAGUGCUAAACGAUUUUCAACAAACAUAACUACAUCACAAAUUUCAUAUAACAAAAUCAUUAAUAUUGCAUUAUUUAACACAAUCGAACAACAUUUUAAAUCUGUGUCAUUUAUGCAAUUUUUUUGCGAUUUUAUUAGUCUAAAACAUUAACAAAUUACAUUAAAAAAAUAUGCAUUUACGAAAUAUUUAUACAUUUUAAAAAAUAAUUGCUAAACAAGAACUUUUUUAUAGAUCAUCAGCAAUUUCGAUGUUAAACAAUAAUAACUUUUGUAGGUCAGCAAUUUCGAUGUAAAAAAACAAAUUCAAAACUUAAUAACAAUAUCAUUCAUGAAUAUAAAAACAAAAAAAACCCAACUAACAACUAAUAACAAGCAAAUUUACAAAUAAAAACCGCACAAGACAUACAACAAAAAA